AUGGAGAAUAUUGGCCUCUUUGAGACGGGGGAGGGUCCUGAACAGGGGGAUAAUGCCCCCAGUGACACAGUCUCAUUGGACCAACUGGUCUCAAACCUGUUCAGUCAGCUGCAGGACUUUGAGGAGGACCUGUUCCACUGGGGACACCCACCAGAGCUUCGGCAACCCCCUCAACAUGAGGCUGCCCACAACAGCGGUGACAUUCAGCUGCAAACUGUGGAUCAAAAGGAUGUUUCUGCUCAGAUUCAAGCUGAAGACCUGCAUGCAGAGGGCGAGGCUGCGUGCAGUAGUCUGGAUCAGCCAAUCAGUGAGCUGGAAGUCCUCAGAGAGAGAGAUGAGGCGUUUCAGCAUCAACUGAAGGAGUUUGAAAACGUGAAGGAAGAGAACUCUUGUUUGGUCCAAAUUAACCAACGCCUGGAACUGGAGCUGCAGCAAGUCACAGAGAAGUCUCAGCAGAGUCAGAGUGAGCAGACGGAGGCAUACAGACGUCUGCGAGAUCUGCAGCUUUCACAAGAGAAAGACUUACAGCAGAAGUGUGACGAGCUCCAGAGACUUCAGCAGAGGCUAGAAGAACAAGAGACGCUUCAGCAGAGGUUGGAGCAAGAGAAACUUCAGCAGAGGUUGGAGCAAGAGAAACUUCAGCAGAGGUUGGAGCAAGAGAAACUUCAGCAGAGGUUGGAGGAGCAAGAAAGACUUCAGCAGAGGUUGGAGCAAGAGAAACUUCAGCAGAGGUUGGAGGAGCAAGAAAGACUUUGCCAAAGCCUUGAGCGACAGAUCAGUGAGAGGGAAAGCGAAAGAACCAACAUAGAUUUGCUGGAGCAGAAACUGGAAGAGUUUGAUGGCCUGAAGCAGGACUACUGUGGCCUGGUCACAUAUUGCCAAAGUCUACAAACAGAUCUAGAUCAGACCAAGGACAAGCUGCUGCAGAGUGAGUUUGUACGUCAGGACCUGCUUCUCUCACACCAGAAAGCCCUGAAGGAGCAUCGUGAGCAGCUGCAGCGAGUGAAGCAGCGUAUGGAAGAACAAAAGGAAGCUCACUCAUGUUUAGAACAGCAGGAUAGUGAGAGGGAAAUCCAAAACAGGAAGAUAGAGGCGCUGACACGGGAGCUAGAAGACUUUGAAGAGGUGAAGGGGGAGUACUCUCGGUUGGUCAGUUAUUGUAAAAGUUUAGAAAAAGAUCUGGAAGAGGCCAAAAGAUGCAUCAACCAACUCUCCCAAGAGCAACUGUUGGAGCAAAAGACAAUCAACAAAAGUUCAGAGAGAGAGAUGAUAGAGAGGCUCAAACGUGAACUAGAGGACUUUGAAGACGUGAAGGGGGAGUACUCUCGGUUGGUCAGUUUGUGUAAACGUUUAGAGAAAGAUCUAGAAGACGCUAACAGAUGCAUCAACCAACUCCGCCAAGAGCUAGUGUUGGAGAAGGAGAGUUCGCAGCAGGUGGCAGUCCACAAAAGUUCAGAGAGAGAGAUGAGGGAGAGGAUAGAGAGGCUCAAAAGUGAACUAGAGGACUUUGAAGAGGUGAAGGGGGAGUACUCUCAGUUGGUUAGUCAUUGUAAACGUUUAGAGAAGGAUUUGGAAGAAGCCAAAAGAUGCAUCAACUCAAACCAACUCCCCACAGACCUACUGUUGGAGAAGGAGAGUUUAAAGCAGGUGGCGGUCGACAAAAGUUCAGAGAAAGAGAGGAUAGAGAGGCUCAAACGUGAACUAGAGGACUUUGAAGAGGUGAAGGGGGAGUACUCUCGGUUGGUCAGUUUGUGCAAACGUUUAGAGAAAGAUCUGGAAGAGGCCAAGAAGAACUCUCUGGUGGUAGUAGCGGAGCCAGUCAGUGAAGCAGAAACUUGUGUAGACACCAGAGAGAGUGUUUCAGAAGAGAAGGUGCAGUCACAACCUUCUGACGAACACCAACACAGUUGUGUCAGAAAAACCUUAAACGUUUUUGGGCAGUCAAGUAGAGAGCGACCCACACCUAAAAACUCCCAACAUGAAUGUGAGGAGCUCAGACGGCUCAACGGAAGCGUAAAGAAUCUGACACAAUUCUUUGGUCCAGAAAAUAAAACCGAGGAGGAGAAACAGGCGCAGGGCUCUGACCUGAACAGGACUUCAGCAAAACGAGGAGAGAAAGUCGCAGCUUUAAUGAAGAUGUUUGAGUCUUAA